AAACUUGACGUAAAUGUGCUGCGCUAUUUGACCAAGGAGGACUUCAGGGUUCUCACGGCAGUGGAGAUGGGGCAAAAGAAUCACGAGAUUGUGCCUUGCUCCCUCAUCGAUAGCAUCGCUGGCCUCAAGCAUGGCGGCACUUUCAAGUGCCUGAAGCACCUGCUGCGCAACAAGCUAGUACAUCACGACAAUAGCAAGUACGACGGCUAUCGGCUGACGUAUCUGGGCUACGACUACCUUGCCAUCAAGGCUCUGGUGAACCGCGGUGCCAUUGCAGGGGUGGGUCGCCAGAUUGGUGUGGGCAAGGAGUCUGACAUCUUUGAAGUGAUGGCACUGAAGCUGCAUCGCCUGGGACGCACAAGUUUCAGCAGGGCGGUGAAGAACAAGCGUGACUACCUGGGGAAGGGCAACCACUUCAGCUGGCUCUAUCUUUCCCGCUUGGCGGCACUCAAAGAGUUUGCAUUCAUGAAAGCGCUGGGAGAGCAUGGUCUUCCCGUGCCAAAGGCAAUUGACAACAACCGGCACGCGGUGCUGAUGUCGCUUCUGGACGCCUACCCGCUCGUUCAGGUGCGCCAACUCAGCAACCCGCGCAAAGUGUACGCGCAUCUCAUGGACAUGCUGAGCAAGCUGGCAGGCCUUGGUCUCGUGCAUUGUGACUACAAUGAGUUCAACCUGCUGGUAAACGACAAAGAAGAGCUCACUCUGAUCGACUUCCCACAAAUGGUAUCGGUCAGCCAUCCAAAUGCACAGGAGCUGUUCGAGCGGGAUGUGGAAUGCAUUGUUCGCUUCUUCAGGUUGGUUGCACUUGUGAUUCCGUUGCGCAACGAUUGCCGCCUGCAUACGUCCCCGGCAACUGCGCACACUGCCUUCAAGCCUCCUGGCUGCAGUAAGAAGCUGGGCUAUGUGCCAGAGCAGGAUGAGGAACUGGAAGUCAUCCGGCCCACCUUUGAGGUAUUGCAUUUCCCAGCUGCACAUGCCUCGCAACAGAAGGAUGAGUUUGCUGGCUGGAUCUCCCACCCGUUUUGCAGGGUGCGGUGGCUGCCGUCUUGGGCAGCGUUGACCAGCAGCUGCGAGCAUCGGGGUUCAAGCGGGAGCACCAAGACCUGCUGGACAGGUGUGGUGCACGGGUGGGUGGGAUGCACCUACCUCGUUCUGGGCCUGGACCUGAUGUACGCGUAA